AUGUGCUUAAAUUUGGGAUUUCAUUAAGAUGUAGUUUCUAAAAUUAGCUUUGCAGUCAUUAACCACUAAAACUAAAGUUACUUAUUGUUAGAUGGGGAUAUCCAAACUAGGCAUACAAUUACCAAGUGGAAUGACGACAGUUUCUAUUAGUUCAUCACAGUGGACAGUACAGGAUUGUUGUAUAAGCUCCAGCCUACCUUGCCUAAUGGUAAAUCUGAAACUGAUUGGCAUAUAUAUACUGUAUUUUCAUGUGACGAACUUCUUUCGGUUAAUUAAAGUUUCACCCAGCAAGCAACAGGAGUUCCCUCGUAUUCAGUUAGGCCAAUGCUUAACCUAGAAGUCACGAAUAAAUAACAAAAUCACCAGCCUUUUAAUUGUUGUAUUGUAAACGAGUAGACGACACACAGGAAAAUUGAAUAUUACGAAAAACGAAGUUAAUUAUAUGAUCGACAAAGUUGAUUAUAACACACAAUAUCUCACGAAGUUUCGCGUUACAUAAAUGAUAAUUUUGCUAGAGCUAGACCUAUUAGUACGAAUGUGUGAUUACCUUAUUUACGAUGACCUGUUACAUAACUGAUUUUUGGAAUUAAAAGAAGUUUUUGACUACUCUGGUAUUUCACAAUCAUUACCUUUAUUUAAUUGUUCCAAAAAUGUUGUCCAAAUAACCAACAGUUUCUACAUCGUAACAAUUAGUAGAUACGAAAUGUAUAUAUGGAUCGUUUGAAAAAAUCGUUAUUGUUGCUGUGGAGAGUCUUUUCCAUCAAUUUCAAAUUUUCAGUACUUCAGUACAAGAAGAAGCCAUUACUUUUAUUUUUUAUUUACUUUUUCAGAAAUCUUAUAAAAUUCUAGAAUUCAGAGUCAGUUUUUGCCACUUUAUUUUGUUUCUCAACCGUGUAAUAUAUUAUUCAGUCAAGGUACGUUGCUAUCGAGUCUCACUGUGAACUGAUAUAAGUUAGGCAUUUCAUGCUUUCAUCAACCACAGAAUUGGGUUCCGUUUAGUAUUUGAGAACUGUGUGUAAGGUAAGAAUGAGUAGCUGUGAAUAUUAAAUUAGUAACGACGAAGGCGAGAUGCUAUUGAUUAAAUAAUGAUUGAAUUUGAAUAUAAUGCUGAAGAUCUAACAACACUGGAGAUCAGAAAAACAUUCAUUAUAAAAAUUGCAACUCGAACGGCUGGGCAGUACAAAUUGGUUAGUUUACCAAGUGAAUGAUAAUACCAGCUCACAUUUCUAUUAGGCGGGGGCGUAGCCAUGUUGGGGGCGGAGCAAUUUCUCGUAGCUUGAAACGCUUUCUGAUACCUCAAGACUCUUGAAAACCCACGUUUUUCGUCGUCAGUCCAGCAGCUGUCAUCAACUGUUACACCUCGAACUGGUCAUUUGUGGAAUGAUGCUGGAGUAUGAAUAAAAAGUAGAUAAAAAUCCCAAUGUGUAAUUUUCCGGACAAGAGAGGCGUUUGGAUGCUAUCUCGCCGGGAUUCGAAACUCCACCACUGCAUCCGAAACUUUUCAGUUCAUACGAAAAAUAAAGUUGGUUCUUGUAUAUUGGUGGAUACUCAUACAGAGCCCUGUUUGAAAAUGAAAUGCCUGGAAUGACAAAAUAUUUAUAAUACGAGGCAUCCAACAAUGGAGAUUCACGAGGAACGUAGUUACAGAAUCAAAAAGGCAGACAAAACCCACAUAAAGUAUAUAAAAAGUUCUAUAUGAUUUCAGACAAAAGAAAUAGCUAACUUACAAAUAUGUCGAAACCUCAGUUUGCUACGUUACAGUCAUUUAUAAUAUUUCAACGAUAUUUUUGAAGAUAUUAGUCCCUUCGCAAACGUACCACAGCGUUUGCCUAAUAUAACGCCCAGUAGAACUAGCAUAUUAUAUUGAAAAAGUGAUGAACACAGAACGCUAAAAAUGCCUUCGGCCUCAUGCUAAAUCACGGCGAUGAGUCUCAGUUUUACGUCAUCAAAGCGACCAUACUAAUUAUAAUUAUCGGACGAUUUCUGCAGUGUUGACUUCUAAAAAUUCGAGUUUCGCUAACGAAGUCCACUGAAUGUAAGCGGUAAAAGCCAAAAUUCCUAAAAAAUUAUAUAUUAUUAAAAUGCGGUUGUGUCGUAAUCUUCGACGAUUUCGUGGUAAAGUGGAUGAAAGCGCCCGUGUCUCUUCGACAAAAGAGAGGAAUGCACAUUGAUUCAUAACAUGUUUGAUUGAAGCGUUAUGAAUCGUAGUUUGCAAGUUAUUAUUGUCUUGAAAUAACGAAGACGAAAUGAGAGCUGCAUGAAACUGGCGCAAGAGCGAGCCGCGGGUUGGCCACCCAUGCAUUAUUGAAGCGUACAAUGCACAUUGUUAAACAAUAUAUGUAUUAUGUUCUAGGCAAGUUUUAUUUCCAUUUUAUACAUUCAUUUUAGGAUAUAAUAGGUUACCAUGGCGUCAACCAGUGAUACCUGCGUUCGUACUAAGAAGCAUAUCUUUGCGGAUCAUUUUCACGCCAGUCAAAAAAUGCAAAUUUAUAUAUCAACGUGUUUCCGCAUAAAAUAAAAACAAUUCCCACUUUACACGAAUACUUUAAAGAUAGAUUGGAUAUUUUAUCUAACAUUUUCAAAUAUUUAGAAACAGACCAAAAUAUACUAAUUACAAAAUUCUUCAAAUCGGGAUUUAGAUCGACGUUUUGCCCGUUUUUGAAACAAGCUUGAAUUAGAAUCAAUCGCUCAACUCAUAUACAAUUCAUUAUAACUCUCAAUAUAAAAUAAUGGUCUCUGAGGACAAAUUUAUGGCAGCACAAACGUAUAUAAGCGUUGAUUUCUUGUAUUUCGUGGGAGAGUAUCGUCCGAAUCAAUGUCGUGAUCGCCUUGCGUGUAACUAGUAGCUAUACUAUACCAACAAUGAAUAUAUAUAAUAUUAGCUAUAAAUUUGUGAUACGGCAGCUGAUAGCACCUUCUGAUUGGAGUCAAGAUUUUCAACGGUUUAGACUUCAACAACGAUAACUGAACAGCAUCAACAAGAAAGAUGAUAAAUCAAUGAAGAAUAUCAAAAGAAGAUAGAACAAGGGUACGAAUACCAGACAAUCAACGACAUGAACUUUUUUGAAAUUUAAGAUAUAAGAUGAAAAAUCUAUUUUAAAUCAGUCAAAUUGAUGAUAUAAGAAUAUCGAACUGUUUAUAAAUGAAACGAAAGAAGCGCGCGCUUUUACCAACGAAGCAUAAAUGUAUGACCCAGAAAGUCGAUAAAUGUAAAAUUAUUAUUCAUCUGUUUGUUUUAUUUAGUUACGCACAGAUUUUUAUAUUUUCUGCUGGGUAUUCUUCGUACUACCUCUGUUACUAAGGUAUAGUUCUUCUUUCCUUCUUUGUCGAUAUUAAUUCGACUCUUAGUUUUUAAGAAUUGCUUAUAAUAAGACUUUGAAUGUUUACUCGAAUCGCAAAUUGCAACUAAUCUUUAUGGUAAAUUAAUUAUGCGACAAAGGUGAAUAUUAAGUUUCAAAUUUCGUUCGGUUCAUAAUAAUUGAAAAUGGAAGGAGACAAACUAUUUCGUUUAGAUAGAUUUUAUUAAUUAACAUUGAAAUACCUUAAAAAAAGAUUCAAAUGAGACACUCGUUCAAACAUUUAUAUUUUAUAGUAUGUAUCGUCAUCAGCCAGCGCGAUUCAUGAAUGAGCUCAUCAAUAUAGUCGUUGAACACGAGUUCGCGAUAAAUAUUUUGUACUAAACAAAUGCUAUUUUUUACUUUUUGAAUCCCAAAGAUGGCAUUCUCAACCCAUCGCAACAAGCGAACUUAUAAAGCGCUUUUUUAUACUUAUACCCGACGAGGGAGAUUCAAAAUAGGCCAACACACAUUCUCAACAACAUAGGUAACAUGACCGAUGAGUAAGGUUCAGUGUGACGAAGUAUAUUGCAUUGAAAGAUCAGUUUUAGCCGUCGAAAUCAAAUUUCAAAAUAACAAAACGCCGAUUUUUUACUAAAUAUACUCUUAUCCUAAUGCUUCCCAUUCUUUAUAUCAUUUCGUCCCAUAUUUUCGAAUUUCAUUAUAUCUUGACAUGUAUAUUUUUCAUUUGUGGUUUGUGUCAGUUCACAAUUUUCAACGUCUUUUUCCCGAUCUCCGAUCGUAAUCGGCGUAGAUAUUUCAAGGAUAGAUUGGUUAUUUACCUAAUGUUUUUAUAUAUUUAGAAAAGGACUAAGACUUUCUAAUACUAAAAUUCCUCAAAUGGGAAUUUAGAUCGAUGAAAAGCCUGUUUUUUAUUUGGAAGAAUAUGUCAACCAAAAUUAUUUACAUCGAUGAAGCAAAACACAAGGAAGAUAGAUACCUACAGAAUCUCGGAUGGAGAGAGUGCAUUCGUAAUCAAGCGUAGCAAGCCAACCAUGACAAAACUGAGGGCUGUAAACUCAAUCUACAAGCGAACGAACGAAUGUGUUUUAAUCAGUUGGGUAACAGAGGUCAUGAAGAUGUCAGAAAAGCACGUGAAUAUACGGAAAAAUUCUGUUGCAUUUUAUAUAUAUGCAUUGGGAUAUUUCCUUCGAAUUGGACCAUUUGUGUCAGUUGUCGGGUUGCAAAGUAGUAUUAACAUUGAAAAAAGCAUCGGUACUAUCACCCUUGGCGUAGGCUACGUUGUAUCGGUAUUAACAGCUUUGUUCGUGACACCUGUCGUUAUACGAAGAUUUGGAUGUAAAUGGGCGAUCGUGGCCGGUGAAGUCGCUAAUCUGUUGUACAUUGCCGCGAAUUUUUAUCCCGUCAAAUUUAUCAUGGUACUUGCCGGCGCUGUCGUUGGAUUGGGCGAAGGAUUAAUAUGGACUACAUUACCUAUAUUCAGCACAUACUUCGGAAUAGAGCAUGGUCAUCAUGGAGGGAAACACCGUGCUGAAUAUAUUAAAAAAUACACUGGAAUAUUUUUUGGAUUCCAUUACGCUGGACUAGUAUUCGGUACAGCUGUUAGUUAUGGCUUUCUCUAUGGUGGAAAACAUGGCAUGGUAAUCACAAGUGAUGCAAUCAAUGUAACCUCACAAGACAAUAUUUCUCAAGCUGCAAUAUAUGACACGUCGUUUUUAAACAAUUACACGCAAAUUAAUUCAACUGCUUCAUUCACAAAUAUGAAUAUUACGUUCUCAGCUACAAGAAAUAUUACUGACAAUAGCGUAUACCAAUACUGUGGAUCAAACGACUGCCAGCAACCCGAAGUUACAGAGAUGUUUAUUAAUAAUUACGUGCCUGCAGAUAAAACAUACCUGCACAUAUUAUUGUCGUUAUUUUGUGCUCUUACAAUAUUUGGAAUAUUUUUGCAUAUUAAAUUCCUCCCUGCUGCUAGACCGCAAGUGAAGUAUGAAAAUUCUACUCACGAGAUGGAUGUUAUUGUCGGAGAUGGGGACGGUCAUCAGAAUUUAUAUCAACCAACGUUAAAGUCAAGUCUUAUAGCAAUUUAUCGCCACAACUUCAACAAAUUGCAGUUGUUGAUCGUCCCAAUUGUCGUUUACAACGGAUUGGUAAUGGGAUUUUACUUGAGUGAAUUGGGUCGAGCAUACACUUCCUGUGUUCUGGGCGUUGAACAGACAGGUUUGUCGUUGAUGGCGCUGUCCAUGACGAGCGCGUUUUCAUCAGUUAUUUCAGGGAAGUUAAAUGGAAUUUUUGGAAGAAACAUUAUAAUGAUUAUAUUGUUCGUCAUUGAUAUCUCAAAUUACAUGUUCUGUUUGUGGUGGAAACCACAGGAAAACACAGCAGGGUUAGUGUACCUAAUCUUCGUGGUUUUUGGACUGACUGAUGCUUGCUGGAAGAACAACAUCAUUGGUAUGUACACCGAUUAUUUCCCGGAUAAUCAAGAAAUUUCUUUCAGUGUCUGGAAUUUGUGGAUGACUUUGGGAAUUGCAAUAAGUUUUUGUUGGAGUCCUUUACUAUGCGUCAGUACCAAGAUAUACGCUCACUGCAUUUUAUUAGCAUUGUCGGUGUUGCUUUGUGGAUUCGCCGAAUGUUUACACAGAAGAGGGAGGUAGAGAAAUUGGACAUAUAUAGCCUAUCUAGAAAUAUUACUCCGCAUAAUUAUCUGAAGUAAAAAGUGUAUUCCGACGUGGUGGAGUUCUUGUAAAAAUUGAGCAUAAAUACAAAACUUUUUGUCUGAACUAUAAACUUCUAAUUUGCCAGCUUCAAAUUAUGAAAACGUCCACCCACGAUGGGGCAUCUAAGAAAUAUAUUUUAAUCAAAUGUAGAGCCCAUUGGAUAGAUGGACUCAGAAGAACUAUUCUAAAAUAGAUGGAAUCUAUGCAACUUUGAGCUGUAUUAUUUCAAAAUGCAUAAAAAGCACACUCACGUAACUUAAUAUACCAUAGGCAUUGCGCACCAAUCAAAGCAGCAUAAUAUUCCAUUUCAUUUGAAAAAAUGAAAUAUAUAUCAAAUACGGAAAUAUCAAAUAUAUCUGCAUCAGAAACAGUUUUUGCCAACCUGCAAUAAAUGUUGUAUGGCAGGCCUACAAUCAUUAUUUUACGAUUCUGGCAGUUCAUUUGUUAUGAAAAGCAUUUUUUGCUUUGCUACCCAUUUAAUUUACAUAGUCUUUUUAUAGCCAGUUACAUGACCAUUGGGGAAUAUUUCCAAGUAGCUUGUUCCUUCUUAGAUGUUACAAUGUUUUUAUAUAAAUCUAUCGAUCAUAAUUGUGUAAUUUUGAAUGUAAGUGUACAUAGUAGGGCUGGGAAUUUCUCGGGAAAACACUUAAAAGUGUAAUCGGCUGAAAUUAACCGGUUACCCGAAGAGUGACGUUUGACGUGACAAGACAUCAUUUAGCUUGUUACGUCACAAUAGUUAUUAAGCUUGAUCUUAUUCUGGCAUGGCUCAAAGUUAUUCACGGAUCCUGAUAUUUUCAUUAUCGACUGCAAGAUAUAUGCAGCCUACUCCGGACAUAUGAAAGUAUUUUACUAAAACCCGAUUCUGUUGUUAAAUGUCUUUUAGUAUUUGAUGUGCGUCUUCUACUUUGAGAUAUCAUAAAAA